GUCAGAGCGCGAUCAGACCUCACUAAGCGAGUGCUGAACGCGGUUGGACAUAGUGGUGUUUUAGAAGGGAAAAGUCACUCUGCAAACAGGAGCUACUCAGCUACAGAGAGAUGCUGAAGUAAUGUGGCUGUUUGAAAGUGGCAACCAAACUACCCGUAUAGCACAGCUGUUUCAAGAAAAAGUUUUCACUCAUUAUGAACCGAGACUCACCAACAGACUCCAGCUGGAUAGAGAAACCGGAUCACUGACUAUCUGGAACAUCAGCACCAGUGAAUCUGGAUUUUAUGAAGUCACAAUCAAUAACGCAAUGUCCUGGAAGAUGUUCAAAGUUGAUGUUUAUGAACCAGUUUCUGUACCUGCCAUCAGGAUUGGCUCACUGAUGAGUGCAAACCAACCACAAGGUGCAUUGACACAAACACAAGUGAUGGAUGAUCCAAACCAAGAACUCUGUUCUGUGAUCUGUUCUGUAAAAAAUGAACGAGACGUGUCCAUCUCCUGGUAUAAAGGGGGUGAAAUGGUGAACCAGACCAGCAAUCCUGAUCUCAGCAUUAACUUGAGUUUACCAUUAGAGCUCCAUUAUAAUGAUCCAGAGAUCUACAGCUGCACGGCUGCCAAUCCAGUGAGCAAUAAAACCGUCCAUCUUCACACGAAAGAGAUCUGCCCACAACAUGAAGGUGCAAAAUGUCAUGAAGUCUCUUCCUGCCACAAUGACCUCUGUACAGUUUGUGUGUCUCUUAAUAGACAAUACAAAAGUCUCUUUCUUUCUCUUCUCAAUCAGAUUGUCCGGAGCAUUGUGGCGUCACUGAGGUUCUGAUCCGACUGGUUUGGUGGGAAUUUGCACUGUUUUCUUUCUUGUUGAGCAUUUGAUGUUCUGCGCAGCUCAGAGAAGAGCUCCAUCUGUGUGCUAAAGAUACUGCCAUGAUAGUUUCUAAGCUUACAGGCAGCACCGAGUGAAAUUUCAAAAAUGAAGAUGGUUUCCAAAAACUCCAAACUAUACUGUAAAUCUAUAGAGUGCUGCAGGAAUGAUGUAUUUUGUUGGCUAAAACCCAGAAACAAGUUUGUACUUCUGUUGUGCUUUGGUUUCCUGUUCAGAAGAGGUCAUAUUUUAAGGAAAAUAUGAUUCUAUUGUUCAGCCUUUCCACCUAGUGCCCCAGAACACAUCUUCAGUUUUCAGUAAAAAUGAAAUGUUGUUUAUAUGACAUUCAGUGGAACAGUGGAUUCUAGUGGCAUGUUUUCUCCAGUGAGGUAUGAGCUUUAUGAAACCACUUUGUCUAGCCUAUAUAGCCUAAUAUAUUGUAAAUUAAGCCUGACACUGUGUCUACACCGGAUGUGAGCAACGCAACACGUCAAAAGACAACCCAUUAUAAUCAGUGAUAAUGUCUACACUGGAUGCAGCAUAACGCGACAAUUUCCCGACAGUAAACGGAUUCCCCGUUCUAUUUCUGGCGUAGUCCAAGUGCUUUUCAGCGGUCGGCUUGUCGCGUUCAGUGCUUUUAGCUGUUGCGGAGCGUCUAGUGUAGACAUGUUGUGAGACACCAUGUCUCUCAAUUAAUAGGCUGCAUUUGUCCACUUUAUUAUGCCCUUCCCUCACUAACUUCCCUCUGUCGCGUUCACUUGGACACGUCAUUGCUUAGGUUGCUCAAGUGCCCACUACUGCUGGAAACCUUGUAAUGGGUUUAAAUGGAACAGGCUGAGCUCUUGAUCACUUGUGGGUAAAUUAAGUGUGAGCUCUGCGAUUUGCUGUUGUGAUGUCAGUCAUGUUGCAUUGUGGUCUAUGGAUCUGCCUGAUGUGUGCAUAUGAGUAGACAAGGGUCUAUACAAAUGAACUUCCCUCGUUGACUUGACGAACGCAUUUCAAAAUGGCAGUGAUUCUCUCGAAGGGAGUACUUACGGAAGUUCGCAAGUGUAUGUGUAAAAGUGGAGUUAAACGCAGCCUCAGUUCACACUCCCACAGUCCGUUCUUCAUCUGUCAAGAUCUAAUCCGAUUGGCUGACUGUAAGAAACUACAUAUUUAAUAAUUACACAAGGAGGCCCAUAAAUAUAUGCAUUUAUUUAGUGCAGCAAAAUACAUGAAAAUAAAGAAGAAAAAAAAGUGUAAUAGUGUAAAAAGUGUAAAAGUGACAUUCUAACAUCUCAGUCCUUCAUUGUAGACAUGAAAUUUGUCAAUAAAGUGGCUUU